UACACACUCAACCAUCACACAGACAGAGGACCUAACAAGAGUCACCAAGAGAUCUGCUCACCAACUGAACCACUUCUGCUCUCCUAAGAUGAAGACAUUCAGUGUUGCAGUUGCAGUGGCCGUCAUGCUCGCCUUCAUCUGCACUCAGGAGAGCUCUGCCUUACCCCUCGCUGGAGUACAGGAGCUGGAAGAGCCAGUGAACUAUGACAAUGGUGACCUUCCAGUUGCUGAUCAUCCACAGUGGCCAGUGGAAAAAGAGAAGGUGAAAGAGAUAGAGGAUCCAGUCGGCACUGACAAUCCAGGUGCUGAAUAUGAAGAGACAUCAGUGGAAACAUGGAUGGUGCAAGAGCUGGAGGAGCCAGUCGGCACUGACUAUCCAGCUGCUGAAUAUGAAGAGACGUCAGUGGAAACAUGGAUGAUGCCAUUUAACAUCAGAGGGAAGCAUCAGAGUGGCCCCAUUAGAUGCCGUUAUUGCUGUGGCUGCUGCGUGCUCGGCGUCUGCGGCAUGUGCUGCAAGUGAGGAUUCUUUUUCCAGCUAGGGAUUUAAACAGCGUUCGCUCAAAUUGAACUUGUUUUUUUUUUUGUACUAAAUUAAAAAUCUGAUGACAAUGGCCUCUGUGAUGUGACUGCAUCAUCAACCCAUUCUACUGAAUACUGUAUCUGCAGUUGCUAUUGUAUAUUAUCAAAUUCCUCCUUAAUAAAUAAACAAAAAUAUAUGAUCAA